AUGUACGGCUUGCAGCCGGUAAUCAAUCUUCACACCGUCCAGGACAGGAUGUCUAACGUGGAGAAAGGCUACUCGUUCGUGACCGAACCAGCAAGCCACCUAACCGAUGCCUUCUUAGCCCUGUCAGAGCGUGCCUGCCUCUCCCCGGUGGAUGGGCUCAUGGGUAAGAACGGCUGGGACUACCAAGCAACCCGUCGCUAUAUGGAGCUGCAUGAACAAAUGUUGGUGGAGCUCAUGGCGUUGAUCCAUCUCACCGGCGGGCAGGCCUCUCGGGCAACAGAGCUCAUGUCCCUCGAACAUUGCAACGGGACGUCGACGAGUCGGGGGGUAUAUGUCUACGACGGUUCCUUCUUUCUCGUGACCAGGCAUGUCAAGGCUCGUACCGUUACCAAUAACGAGUUCCAUGUUGCCCGCACACUGCCGAAAAAUGUCGGCCAUCUUCUCUAUCAAUACCUUGUGUACAUCCGGCCGUUUAUCUAUAUGCUGCAG